CGCAGACGCACAAGGACCUAUCGAGCGACGUGAAUGCGGCACUGUCGACCUCUGGGAGUCUUUUCAACGUUGAUGGAGAAGAUUACAUGUUUGGAGCUUCCUAUAUACGCUACGUCUCGUCCGAUGUCAACCAACUUUGGAACUCUGCGACCCUGCACUGUGGAUCUCAAGAUUCCUGGUUUUUCCCGGUGUACAUCUCGCCUGAAGUUCCCUCAGAGAGACAUGCACAUCUUCAGGGCACGCACCAAGCCACUCUCGUGGUAACAGAGGAUACGGAGUCUGUAUACCAUUCUGUGCCUGCACCUCGACUGGACAUUGUGCCACUGAUCUCGUCUGGACCGUCGUCGAACCGCAUUGAUUUUGUGUUUUUUGGAGACGGCUAUACCAAAAACGAGAAGAGCAAAUUUGUUGAAGAUGCGAAGAGGCUAGCUUUUGAUCUAUCGAACAAUCAAACGUUCGCGACCGUCAAACCGCUGCUAAACUUUUGGGCAGCAUUCACACCGAGCAAUGAGAGUGGCAUCGGAGUGGGAGGAAACGUAAACGAUACUCCUUUCGGAUUAUAUCGGAAUGGAACGGAGCUCCGAGUCGUUUAUUAUGCGAAGCCUGAAGUUGCUCACGCGGCUUGUCUUUCAAUGGGCGAUAUGUGCGACUAUCCGAUCCUUUUGGGGAAUGACCCACUAUAUGGAGGACUCGGUGGUCGUUUCACAGUAACGACUUCCUCAAAGCUCAACGGCGCAUUAGUUCUCAGACACGAACUAGGGCAUUCUGUGAUUGGGGAGGGGGAGGAAUAUGAUGGCGGAUUUGCUUACCAUGGCCCCAAUGCUGCAAACCUGACACAACCUUUCAAGUGGCAACACUGGCUUACUGAUAAUACUGCAGCUGUUCCGCGUGAGGAGCGCUCCGUGAUGCCUAUUCAGGCUUAUCCAUGGACUAUGCUGAACGACUCCAAACCCUGGGCCGUCACCUUCGAUUCCUCGGGGCUAUAUUCGCGCUACGUCGUUCGCUUUUCUCUCUCGGGCCUACCAAAGAAAGAUGAUCUAACGGUCAUGCUUGACGGCAAGAACCUUCAUUGGAAUCCGAAGGAAGGACUUGGUUUAGAUCGCUGGCAUUACGAUAUCCACAUCAAUGAAACACUCGAAGCGGGCACUCACAGUCUUUCGUUCAACUUAGAAAACUCGGAUCUUAUGGGCGGCGCUCAGUUAUGUAGUAUGGAGGUCAUCGAGUUCGGUGAUUCAGCCGAGUUCAAUGACACUGUCGGGUUUAUAGGCGCAUUUCCGACGUACUCCGAAAAGAACGUAACAACAUAUCGGCCGACAAACGAAGAUUGUCUCAUGCGCAUAGUCACCACUCCUACAUUCUGCAAAGUCUGUAUUGAAGGGUUGUGGCAUGCACUCUUGCGGCGUAUGGACUUAAUCGACGACAUUUCAUCGGGAUGCGUCCUAGGCGACGAUUCAUCCGUGAAGAGGUCCAUAGCAGUGAAACUCGUUCGUCUGGCACAAUUCAGAGAGGAGCCAGUUGCGCAUUCAGAGGCGUACAUCAUCACUUGGCGGAAGGAUGGUAUCGAAAUGCCAGAGUUUGCAAAUCAGACGUCCAUUGUCGUUGACAACAUUCCGGCGAACUAUAGUGUCCAGGUCGAGUUUGCAACUGAUGAAGUUCGAAUUGAUCCUAACGGUUAUCUUCGAUCCACGACAACUCUCGAAGUCACUAAGUGUGGAGGUGAAGGCGAUAAUAACUGACAUUCCGUCACGAUCUUUACAUUGAUGAGACAAAUUGAUCUUUGCUACCGUUGGCACAGGCUUGACGUGUAUUCUGACGCAUUUGUCCCUAAUCAUUUACGACCGUAUGACCAUGUCUUUGUCGGGCGUGCUCUGUUCAGGCUUCUGUAAUCAAGUAAUCCGAAGAGGAAAAGAUACAAGGAAAUUGAUUUGUUGGAUAGCACUCUGUGUAAAUGUACCAAGUGUCAAUAAAGUGUAUCACGUUCAUUUU